AUGUCCCAAAAAGUUCAAUGCGGCCGUUCAGUGAUAAAAGAUGGUGUACUGAAAACUGUAAACCUUUCUGGAGGAGGGGGAGUUCGAGACUGUAUCUUAAGUCAUAUUGAUAUGGGCUUCGAUGAAAUUCACGAUAAACUUCGAGAACUGUAUGAAAUAGAUCCAGCAGAUCGUAAUUCAAAAUUGUAUGAUUAUAAGAACCAAGAAUUGGAUACAAGUCGAUAUCGUACAUUCUUCGAUUAUGUUCAUCAAAAUGGAUUGAAGUUUCGGAAUACUUUGUUGUAUCUGUGCACACCAGCAGACGAACGAAGUCUCAUCUAUUUUUCAUCGCCGGAAAAAAGUCGAACGUCUCAACAAGUCACACGACGUAUUCCUCAAGUUGAAGCUGACUCUUCAACAUCACCAGAAGUCGUUCAUAUGGACACAAUCACAUCACCAGACCAGAAACCAACAUCUGAAUCUUUACUGAAUAAUCAUAUCGUACAAAAUCUUCGAAUAUCAUCCACAACAUCAUUUUCAAAUUACUCCUUCGAUCAUUCAAUCAACCAGUUCGUGAUUUACGUUCGCGAUCUCAUCCAACAAUAUCGCCAUGAAAAUAUCCUCAUUCAAUUGUUUGAAUAUCUGUGUACUUUACAAGGCCUCUCAUCGAUUACCUUAGAUCGCUUAAAAGAACAGAUCCAAUCGAUAGAUGAACACAAAAAACUAUUCUAUCAGGAUGCAUUGGAAAAAAUCGAGAAGUUAUUGCGAUCAAUUCGGAUUCUGGUUGAAUUAAACCGAAUGACAAUAUCGCACAUUGAUCAACAUGCCACCAUCAUUGAUUCAUUCAAUCAAUUUCAACAAAACUUCAAUAUUCUUUGUGACCGGUGGAACAAUGCGAAUCGUCACACAUCUAUUCCACCCGUCGUUUAUACUGUACCUGAUCCUGCGCCGGCAAGAUCUGUUUCUUCAACACAUCGUCCGACAACAUCGACAAGAUCUCAUACAAAUGAUAUAGUAGAAUCAGGACACACAUCUUCUUCAAGAACUCGUUCAUCUGAUCGGACAUCAUCGUCCACCAAGCAUUCAACAGCUCCGACAACACGAAACCAUUCACCGGAUCGUGGAUCAUCGAGACACCAUGCAAAAGAUCGGACGCCGUCAUCAACUAAUCAUUCAACGAGUUCUACCUCAAGAAAUCAUCGGACAGAUCGACCCUCUUCUCGCCAUCAUCCCGAAAAACAAUCGCGAGCAUUGUCAACAUCACCUAAACAUCACCAUCGCCAUCAUCACCACCAUUAUUCGUCUCGAACAUCGGCUGAAGAAGAAGAUCAAAAUAAAAAAUUCUCCUUAUUUCGAAAUCUGUACAAAUCCUUAUAUUACCUAUCCAAUGUUUUACGUGAUCGGGGUUUCCAAUCAUUUGACGAAUUGAUCAAGCGAAUAGUCAGUGAAGUAAGCACGUGCCAAUCAACACUCGUUCUAUCCGAUAGACAAUCCCUCGAUCAAGCAACAAGUACCAUUAUCGACAUGGAAAAGCGUCUUUCCAAUCGAAUUCAGAGCGAGCGGCAUCGUGCAGCGCCACAUGAAAUACCCCGAAAUCUCGAAGAAUCAUUCGAUCGAACAUUAGAUUGCAUUAAACAAAUAUUAAACGAUUUUGAUUAUUACAAAUCAAAGGCCAAUUCAGGAAAACGACCGAGAUUAACACGAUGGUCAUCACCGGGUCAACCAUCAACAAAUACAGAAGAACAUCUUGAUAUCAAACCAAGUAUUCAUUCCAAGGAACAUCAAUCCCGACGAAAGGAGAACGAUGAUUAUGAUGAUCAAAGCUCUGAAGCAUCACGUUCGUCGUUUGGAGAUGAAGUUCUGAUGGAAGUGGCCAAAACUGCGUAUGAACGAAGAUCGAACCGACAUAAAUAA